UUCAGAGCUGAUGGAUGUCAGUCAUGAUGCUGGGAUUGCUCGAGGCAGCAUGUUUUAAAGCGGUAGCUGGACUCGCCACGAUUUAUUUGAUAUCUGAUCUGUCUGGUGCUGUUCCAGGUGCUGUCUGUCGGUCUAUCGGUCUGUCUGUCUGUCAGUCUGUCGGUCGGUUGUUUCUGGCUCGCGCGUCAUCAAGGCCAAUCCUCCCGCCCCUCGAGCGCAGCAUCAGUUCGCGUUGCUCUCGCCCGCCGCUCUUUCAUCCUUUCUUUGCAAUCAGUUUGAAUUCGAUAGAGAUCAGAAUUAGAACAUCGUUCUAGAAUCGAUCACGCUCGUCUUUAUCUGUCCGCGCGCUGCUGCGGUGGAAUGACAAAAACGCUGCGCUCCUCCACGGACGAAGAGCAAACGGAGGAGCGGUUCUCUGGACCUGAAACGGCGUUAGAAUCACGACUUCGGGUAUUUUUGGGAUCUCUCAGCGGCAUCUGAAGCGGGAACCAUGACGGCCACCAAAGAGCAGCAAAGCCAAAGACCGAAUCCGCAGGACGAGGAUCUGGCGGGAAUGAGUCCUCCUCAGAGAAACUGGAAGGGGAUCGCGAUCGCUCUGCUGGUCAUUCUGGUGGUCUGUUCUCUCAUCACUAUGUCUGUGAUCCUCCUCACUCCAGUGGAUACGCAACCUGGCAGCGACACCAAGCUGACGGUGGAGGAUCUUUUCAGCACAGGUUUCUACGUGCAUGACCCUGAAGCUCAUUGGAUCAAUGAAUCUGAGGUGAUCUACAGAAAUCACCAUGGACAUGUGAUCAGGUUUAACAUCGUCACGAACGAGACCGAGAUCGUGCUGAAGAACACCACAUUUGAUACUUUCAAAGCCACCAGAUACUCCAUAAGCCCAGACAUGAAGUAUGUGCUUUUUGCCUACAAUGUCAAACAGGUUUACCGGCACUCGUUCACGGCGUCCUACAUCAUAUACAGCAUUCACACCAGGGAGGUUCUGCAGCUGGAUCCUCCAGAGGUGUUGAACUCUAAACUGCAGCAUGCGGCGUGGGGCGUCCAAGGCCAGCAGCUGGUGUACAUAUUUGAGAAUAAUAUUUACUAUCAGUCGGAUGUCAGGAGUAACUCGCUGCGACUGACCUCAUCUGGGAAAGAGGGCGUCAUCUAUAACGGCAUCACUGAUUGGCUCUAUGAAGAGGAGGUCCUGCACACGCAUGUGGCGCACUGGUGGUCACCUGAUGGCGAACGCUUGGCAUUUCUGGUCCUGAAUGACAGUCUGGUGCCAAACAUGGUGUUGCCCACUUUCACCGGUUCUACAUACCCUAAAGGCAAACAGUACCCGUAUCCGAAGGCUGGGCAGCCCAAUCCCAUGGUGAAACUGUUUGUGGUCAAUCUGUAUGGACCGACACACACUCUUGAACUCACACCACCAGAUGAGCUCAAGCUCAGGGAGCACUAUGUGGUGAUGGUGAAGUGGAUCAGUAAGACCAAGACAGCAGUGCGCUGGUUAAACCGAGCGCAGAACGUCUCUAUUCUGACCGUCUGCGACUCCACCACUGGAGCCUGCAUCAAGAGGCAUGAGGAAGCAUCAGAAGUUUGGCUCUCAAAACAGAAUCAAGAGCCAUUCUUCUCCCGAGACGGCAGCCGCUUCUUCCUGACGGUCCCGGUAAAGCAGGGAGGACGAGGAGACUUCCACCACGUCGCCAUGUUCACCUCUCAGGCACGUGCGGAUCAGAACGAGGUGCGACAUCUUACAUCAGGUAACUGGGAGGUGACACAGAUUCUGGCAUACGAUGAGAACAGCCAGAGCAUAUAUUUCCUGAGCACUGAGGGCUCCUCAACCCGCCGGCAGCUCUUCAGUGUGUCCACAGUAGGCUUGUUUCCACGGCGAUGUCUGACCUGUGAGCUGAAUAAAGCUCACUGCACGUUCUUCAGUGCUAUUGUUAGCCCCACUAAUCAACAUGUCCUACUGCACUGCAAAGGUCCAGGAGCGCCGACAGUGAUCAUACACUCUCUGAACACUGCCAAUUAUUACAUCCUGGAGAAUAACUCUGUGCUUAAAGCUGCUCUCAGAUACAAACGAAUCCAGCUGCUGGAGUACAGAAGCGUCCAGACCGACCACUUCGAAUUGCCGCUGAAGGUCGCCUAUCCACCCGAUUUCUCUGAGUCCCGCACUUACGCCCUUCUGCUGAUGAUUGAUACUGCCCCUGGUGGUCAGCAGGUGAAUGACCGCUACUCACUGGACUGGGACUCAGUGCUGGUCAGUUCAGACAAUGUCAUCGUAGCUCGUCUGGACGGCAGGGGAAGUGGCUUCCAGGGUCAGAAGGUGUUACAGGAAGUGCACAGGCGCCUGGGAUCCGUGGAGCUGCAGGAUCAGCUGACCGCUGUUGAGUACCUGCUGAAAUUGCCAUACAUUGAUAGAACCAGGAUCGGUGUGUUUGGUCGGGGUUAUGGAGGAUAUAUCGCACUUCUGCUGAUUAAAUCCACUGAGAGCUUGUUUAAAUGCGCAGCAGCCAUGUCGCCUGUGACGGACUGGAAUUUGUACGCCUCGGCCUUCUCUGAACGCUAUCUGGGUUUCCCUCUUCAGGACGACAGCAGAUAUCAGUUCUCCAGUGUGCUGCAGAAUCCACAGGGUUUCAGAGACCAAACACUCAUGCUGCUGCACGCCACUGCAGAUGCAAAUGUUCAUUUCCAGCACAUGGCGGAGCUCAUUAAGAACCUGGUGAAGGUGGGAGCGAAUUACACACUGCAGAUUUAUCCAGACGAGGGUCAUUUCCUCUCCAAGAGCAGUGACCGACACAUGGCUUCAACACUGAGCAGCUACUUCCGAUCCUGCCUGCAGGAGGAAGUGCUUCCCAUCAGUGAGGAGGAGGAGGAAGAGGAAGAGUAGAGUGAAGAUGAGACACAACACACAAACACAUGCAGACACUGACACACACACAAACACACACACACACACACACACACACACACACACACACACACACACACACACACACACACACACACACACACACACACACACACACACAUAUUGGGACAAUGAAACACACUGGACAAACAUCCAGAGCAAAACACUCAGAUAAGCAGAGAGAGCCAGGAAUGAGUGUGAGAGUGUGCGUGUGUGUGUGUGUGUGUGUGUGUGUGUGUGAGAACAUGUAUAUAUGCAUGUGUGUAACUGUUAGGAUGAAUGUAGCAUUAGACCCGUGUGUGUGUGUGUGUAUGCGAGAGAGAGAUUUUCUGGCAUAUGGAUCAUUAUCACUGGAGAUGGAUUGGAAUAUUUCACAUAUCAUAAAUCACUAAGAUCUCUGAUUGGCUGAUGCAUUGGCCAAUCACAGCACAGACUGUCGGGUGGAGCUGCUCCAGUCAACCAUUGCAUGGUCUUUUUGCUUUGCUUCACUUCUUUUGCCAUUUUCUGUCUGUCAGUAUAUUGUCGCCCUUCAGAGGAGCUGCGUUUGAUUGCAUUUCUCCACUUGCUGGGAAGAAGAGUAAUUCCAUCCAUGGAAAGCUGGAGGAUCUGUGUGAAGAGAGCGAGGUCUCGGCAGCACACGUGCCUGACGCUCACUGUGUGUGUGUGUGCAGUGCAUUCUGGGAUGGUGCUGCUGUAUUUUGGACAGAAGAGGGCGUACAGAUGUAUUUUUGGACAUUCAUCAGACAGAUCUGCUCACAGACUGUUUUGGAUCAGUUUAUUUGUAUUGCUGACUGUUUAGUUUUACUGUUGGUGGUGGUUGGGGGGGGUGAGGGGUUUGGGAUUGUUAUUGUCCUCUAGUUAUGACAGUCAUGUCUAUAAAUAAACAAUUAGUCCAAAAAGAA